UUUUAGGAGUUCAUUUAAGUACUCUCAAAUUGGAUUAGGGAAAAAAAUGACUCUUCCAUUACGUGAAAAGGAGUUUGACUAAAAAUAAAAUAUACUACAAUUCUAAAUUUUUUUUCCGUCUCCAUAGUCUAUAGAUUCUCCUCAGUCCUCUCCUUCAAAUUCAGUCUCAAUCUCUCAGAUAUUCAUCAAGAACUCUUUAUAAUUUAAUUACACAUUACAAAUAGGCAAAAACAUGUUUGCUUCUUCAUCACCAACAAUGGCAUUAUUUCAUGGUCAAAGUUCACCAAUUUGCUUCUCUAAACCAUUUUCAAAUCAAACCCAAUGUAUUUUCCCUACAAUCAAUCAAACAUCCCCAUUUUCUUCCAAACUGUUCUUCAAUCGUCCACUUUUUGCAAGCCAUUCGACUCCUAUAUCUUCAUUUUCAUCUACGUCUUCAUCUUUCAAAGAGGUGAUUGAGAGUUUAAUUGAUAAAAAUGAUUUGUCUGAAUAUGAUGCUGAGAAAUCAUUGAAUUUCUUGCUUGAUGAUCCAAAUGAAGCUCUUAUUAGUGCUUUUCUUGUAUUGCUAAGAGCUAAAGGAGAAACCUUUGAAGAAAUAGUUGGACUGGCAAAAGCAAUGAUGAAACACUGCAAGAGUGUAGAUGGUUUGGAUGACAUGGUUGAUAUUGUCGGUACCGGUGGCGAUGGUGCAAAUACGGUGAACAUAUCUACCGGCGCCUCCAUACUAGCUGCUGCGUGUGGUGCUAAAGUGGCCAAGCAAGGGAACAGAUCAAGCUCUUCAGCUUGUGGAAGUGCAGAUGUUUUAGAGGAAUUAGGUGUUGCCAUUGAGCUGGAACCUGAGGGAAUAAGAAAAUGUUUGGCAGAAGCAGGAAUUGGGUUCAUGAUGUCUCCAACUUACCAUCCUGCCAUGAAGGUUGUUAGACCAAUCAGGAAGCAGCUAAAAAUCAAAACUGUGUUUAACAUAUUAGGUCCGAUGUUAAAUCCAGCUCGAGUUCCUUUUGCAGUUGUUGGAGUUUAUUCCGAAGAUAUGGUUGCUAAAAUGGCCAUGGCCCUUCAAAGAUUUGGCAUGAAGAGGGCAUUGGUAGUGCACUCCGAAGGAUUGGAUGAAAUGAGCCCUAUGGGCCCAGGAAUGAUUCUUGACGUGACUCCGGAGAGAAUAGACAAAUUUUCUUUUGAUCCAUUGGAAUUUGGCAUACCUCGCUGCACGGUGAAGGAUUUGCGAGGAGGUGGACCGGAGUACAACGCAAUGGUUCUGAAAUCUGUACUAGGAGGAGAGACAGGAUCCAUAGCAGAUGCAUUUGUACUAAAUGCCGCUGCUGCGCUCUUGGUUAGUGGAAAAGUCAAGACACUGGGUGAAGGAGUAGCUCUUGCUCGUGAAACACAAAAAUCUGGCAAAGCUUUAAAAACAUUGGAAUCAUGGAUAGAUGUAUCAAAUAAAAUGAAAGAAGCUGCAAUUGUGGCGGCUUAACUCAACUAAACACCCUUUACCAUAUGUCCUGUGACUUUUACCAUAUUUUCUGUAUGAGGAAGCAAUGUUGUAAAUUUCAGAGCUUGAAAUCAUGUAUUGUUUCUUGUGAGCAUCAUUGUAUUACUACAAAGUUUUUAUUGCUUGCAGUUUUUGGUUACUGCUACAUGAAAAUGAAAUCACGAUAAAGAAAUAAACAAUACAAAGCAUAAGAUGUUUCUGAAAUUCAUCCUUUGUAACUAGUUGUUUUUUCUUGUACUAAAUUCAUCUCUAUCUCUAUAUGAAAGAACAUAUUGAUUCUAAUUAA